CUCCCGAAGGUGAGAGCAUCAAGUAUCAAGUGAACUCCAAGUAAUGAAUCAUCAUCUCACACUAUAAAAUGGCUUGCACACUCUGUUCCAGAGCCUCAUCAAUCGUUUCAUCUUACACUGUACGACGUCGUUUGCCCCUAGUCGGGGCAAUUUGUAUGCUAAGUUUAGGCAUCUCUAAUCUUUGCCCCAGUCUCUCUUCCUCCUCCUUCAAAACGGGUACCGCUCAGUCUCUCCCAUUCGUCCCGCUUUUAAGGUCAAAAAUUGGUGCUAAAACGCCAUCAAAGAGCUUUAACGCCAUCAAAAUGGAAGGAAACAGCGACACCGUACCAAGCAUUGUAGUUUACGUUACUGUACCUAACAAAGAAGCAGGAAAGAAGCUGGCUGAAAGCAUAGUGAAAGAGAGACUUGCAGCAUGUGUAAACCGGGUGCCAGGUAUUGAAUCAGUUUAUGAGUGGAAAGGAGAGAUCCAGACAGACUCUGAGGAACUGCUUAUUAUCAAAACUCGUCAAUCGCUUUUGGAAGCUCUGACUGAGCAUGUUAAAGCAAAUCAUGAAUACGAUGUACCAGAAGUAAUUGCCUUGCCCAUCACCGGCGGCAGUCACCAGUACUUGGAAUGGGUCAAAAAGAGUACAAGGGAUUGACUUUCUUGGACAAUGUAAGGUCUAGCAUGUGAAAAUAUACACAACUGGGAAUUGGUAAGCUCCUUCUUUUGAUUGUCUAUGUGAAUGGCUUCUGCAGCAUAAAUAAAGUCUGUAAUUUGACAUUGGAACUUGAUUCUAAGUGGCCUGUCGUCCGAUAUGAUAACUUGGAAGGUAUUACUAUUAGUGGUCGCUUUCUUUAUGCCUAA